AUGAAUGGUGGUCGUUUCCACGUGCAAGGUCAAAGAAUAUCAAGUUUCCAGGGCAUUAAAAACAGCACCACCGACCAUGUAAUCAUUGAUUUGAGGGACAAUUGUCUCCAAAGCUUUGAGCAUUUUGGUACUCAUCCCAAAUUGGUAGAAUUGCAACUUCAAAACAAUAGAAUUGAUACUUUUAUGGGACUAACGAGACAACCUCGUCUUGCUGUCAUCAAUCUUAAAGGGAAUCCUAUUGCUUCUCAUCCAUGGUAUCGUAUCAUGCUGCUCCUAACUGUUGGUUUCUCUAUUACAAUAAUCGAUGGUGUUGCUGUUUCUCAAGAAGAACGUGAUAUGGCCCGUGCCAUGGGACCAGAUGCUGCCCUCGCAGUUAGCUACGGUUGGAGACUAGAGCCAGCUGAUCGAUCACCGGAGGAAUAUCAUCAAAUUAUAGAUGAGUGCAAGGCUUCCCGAAGGCGUUCGGUAGCACACAAGGAGUUCCUUCGGACCAUUACGCAUGUAUUACAGGAAUGCGAGAGCGAUAGUGUAAUAUUGUCAACAAAAUAUAGUAACUCUGGAAUAAAAUGUGAUUAUGAUGCUUUGACGGUAGAACGUCUAUCAGUUCGUGUAAAACAGCUUGAGGGACUACUUAGUGAAACCAAAGAAACUCUAGCGGCUCAACAGAGAAAAUGGAGGGAGGCAGUUGAAGUGGGUUGUGUUGAAGGACUAACAGGUGCAGAACUCCGAUGCGCAGAAAGCAUUUUGUUUGUAGAUGGAAUUUAUCUGCGUACAAACGUCAUGACUUUUGAUAAUCAUGGAUGCAAUGAGGGUGUCCGAGUUUGCCUUAAGAUGGAGUCAUCUUUACUGGUAUUUCUCAGUUUCAUGUCAAGGAGACGUUUAGUUGAGUUGUUCUUGGAUGACAUUGAAGUUAGGCAUCACCGACGUAAUUCUCUGCGCAUUGAGGGAAAGUAUGGGGCUGUUUUUGAUAUAUCAUUUGAAGACUCACAGAUCUUAUGGAGUGUUUACAAAUUAUUUUAUCUUCGUCGGGGGAUACCAGUGCCAUUAUUGAAACUCAGCGAUUCAAAAAAUGUGGAUGCUACACUCAUAAAAGAUAAGAGGAUGGUAAUGGUACGAGAUAACUUUGAAAAUAGCAGUAAUUGGAGCAACCAUUCUGUUGACAAUAAUAUGGGAUCUUCAAAGGUUUCUAUCCCACAGAUAAAAAAUACUUCAAAAACAAGAAAAACUUCUUAUGGUCUAGAUUCAUUCAAAUUUGGCACUCCUUACAGUGAAUCUCCUCCUCCGGUUAAUAAGAAUAAACGAACAGAUGAACAGCAGGAACUUCCACAAGAAGAAAACAUCUCGCAAGAAAAAAUUAGCGAUACUAUGGCUAUUGAAUUUCCUUCCAGUUCUAUUCCUACUAAUGAUGCGGAUGUUAAAGUUCUUGAUGUUGGAGUUGGUUUUUCUAAAAUUACUGCUUCCUCUCUCUGCAAUGUGGAACCCACUGAUGGUAAUCAUGAGUCAUCAGUGAGUUCAUGCAGGAGGAUGUCAUCCUCUCAACAGCGGACACAGCCUCCCUCAAGAGUGCCUCGUAGACGUUGUUCAUCUGUUUCUGUGCCUGUAGUACCCCGACGUCUAUCCUCGCGUAUUGAAACUCCAACCACUCCGCGAGAUUUAGAUACUAUUGGUACAUCGACACAAUCACCUCCAAACCCGACACGAUUUGACAUUGCACGAUUUCGUAUUGCCGACUCUGAUUCAGAUUCAGAUUCAGCCUCAUAG